AGAAGGGGCGCGGGAUCAUGGAAAACGGAGCAUUCUGGAAAUUUAGAAUAGACAGUCGUCAUGGCCAAACCCCUAAUGUACUGAAAAGUCACCUCACGAAGCCUCCCACACCUCACGCUCUUUUUCGCUUUCUAUCUUCCGCAUUAUUGGUUCAGUCGUAGCUGUAUUCCAUAUUCUGUCUUUCGAAGCUUUCGUUAAAAUUAUAGUACGACCACUUCAAGUUAAAGAUGUUCUUGUCCGUUGCUCGGCUAGCCUUUGUGCUGGUAGCAUCUUCCAGCCUAGCAUCUGCCCAACAAGCAGGUUCUAUCGUCCAGAUCGGUAACACACAAGUCAGCGCCAUGAUGAUGUUUCUUGGCAACGAGGAAAAGGUCUACAUCCUCGACAAAACGGAGGGCAAUGCCGCUUCAAUAGAUGGCCACCCUGCUUGGGGUGCCGUGUGGGAUGUGAACACUCACUCAGCCCAGACCAUGGAAGUUUUGACCAAUACCUUCUGUGCUUCUGGUAUGCACCUGCCAAAUGGUUCGUAUGCAACGUUCGGUGGCAACAGUGCCAUUGGCCCGCUUGGUGCAGCUGGUAGUGUUGGUGGAGGUUCAUACGAUGCGACAUAUCAAGAUUACGACGGAAGAAAGGCCAUCCGAAUCCUCAAUCCUUGUACGAGCGCCAAUGAUAUGUCGAGUACUCAAUGUCAAUGGUAUGACGACGUUGCCGUUCUGUCCAUGCAGAAGCAGCGGUGGUACUCUGCAGCUGAGUCUCUCGGCGACGGUUCUAUUGCUUUGAUCGGCGGUUUCGUCAGUGGUGGUUACAUCAACCGCAAUACCCCUAAUACGGAUCCAGCGACAGAGGGCUCUGCUGCUGAACCGACAUAUGAGUUUUUCCCUUCGAAGGGAGUCGCAACUACCAUGAAUUUCAUGAUCACCACUUCGGGUCUCAACUCAUACGCGCAUACCUACCUCAUGCCUUCUGGUAACAUGCUCAUCCAGGCCAAUUUUUCUACUAUCCUCUGGAAUCCCGCCACCAACGUCGAGACACCUCUUCCCGACAUGCCGGGCGAUGUCAUUCGUGUUUACCCUGCUUCCGGUGCCGUCGCCAUGCUACCCCUUACUCCCGCCAACAAUUACAAUCCCACCGUUAUCUUUUGCGGCGGCUCUGACAUGCCUGAGGAGUAUUGGGGUAACUAUUCAUACCCCAACUACAAUACCUGGACCUACCCUGCUUCCAAGGACUGCCAGCGCAUCACCCCAGAACCCACAGAUGGCUCUUCCCCUGUUUAUGUUAAAGACGAUGACAUGCUCGAGGGUCGCACCAUGGGCCAAUUCAUCAUCCUUCCAGAUGGUACCCUCUUAGUUCUCAAUGGUGCCUUAAAUGGCACCGCUGGCUACGCUCAGGCUACUGGCCAGACCGCUUCCUAUAGCCUCAUGCCCUACGGUGAGUCGUUGGCUUCUGGCCCCGUCGGAACACCUGCCAUCUACAACCCGAAUCUGCCUGCUGGCAGCCGCUGGUCGAGCGCCGGCCUGGGUACCACAAAAAUAGCACGUCUGUACCACUCCAGUGCCCUACUCAUGCCUGACGCUUCCGUCAUGAUUGCCGGAUCCAACCCCAACAUCGACGUCAACCUCACCACCAUUUUCCCCACAACCUACACCGCGGAGAUAUUCUAUCCACCCUACUUCAGCGCCAGUGUACGCCCAACUUACUCUGGCGCACCGCAAACACUCUCUUACGGUGGUAGCUCCUUCGACCUUACCGUUCCUUCGACCGCGUACAGUGGCUCGGGCAACGCUGCUGCUGCAAACACGACCGUAGUUCUGGCCCGUGGCGGGUUUACAACCCAUGCCAUGAACAUGGGCCAGAGGCACCUGCAGCUCAACAACACGUACACCGUCAACGGUGAUAACUCAAUUACCCUUCACGUGGCUCAAGUUCCCCCAAACCCUAAUAUCUUCACUCCCGGACCUGCUCUUAUGUUCGUCGUGAUGAACGGUAUUCCGAGCAACGGGACGAUGGUCAUCGUCGGCAAUGGUAAAGUCGGGACGCAACCUACGCAAGCCGCUAGUGUUCUCCCUGCUUCCAUCCAGAAUUCCUCUUCUCAAGGCUCAGGCUCAGGCUCAGGCUCAGGUAGCAGCGGUGCGCCAAAAAGUGCGUCGGGAAGCACUCACAUCGGUGCCAUCGUUGGGGUUGUGAUUGGAGUAUUUGCGGUUUUUGGUAUUCUCGGAUAAUCCAAGCAACGCUUGGAACGCGAGCAGUGCCAAUGUGCAUUCGCCCUAUCGGGAUAACGUAUGUAAGAAAGAGAGGGUGCAGAUUAUGAUCCUUAUAAUCCGGAUGGGAGGAGUGCAACAUAGAUGGACAGCAGAUAUGCUCACGGACAGGAUUAAUAGAAACGCACGGACAGCCAUUUGUUGUGUGGAAUACCUCACUUUUCAUCUUUGUUUUUUUCUUGUUGCUCAUCAUGAAUAGGUACAACUUCCGCUUGGGUUCGUGUUGAAGCUCUUUAUUAAUGUCCUGCAUGCCCCAACGUACUGUCCGCUGCUGGG